AUGGCUCUCAAUCAGCAGAUGGCCCUGAUGGACCAGGCCCGACACGCAGCUACAUUCGACUCUACGCUCUUGACAUGCAUCAUUCACGAUGGGGAAGAGAACGUCGCUUCGCGCCGGGCAGCUUUCGCGCGCGUGGAAUCUGCCCUAGGGCUCACCGACACCAUGCAGCUCCCUCACAUCUACAGUGGGCUCGACCGUAGAGAACAGUACCUGGAAGGGAUGCGGCGCGGCCAGGCCAUCGUCACCGACAUGCUGCGCCACCGCCACCAGCACUUCACGAACCUCACCGAGCGCAGCCAACUGACCAACGCCACCCCGUUCGGCCUGAACUUCCUCAUGUUCCGCCGCACAAUUAAUCUGCAGGGCACCGCCGAACAAAAACAGUACUGGCUGCCCCGGAUCGACCGCAUGGAGAUCAACGGGUGCUACGCGCAAACGGAGCUGGGCCACGGUAGCCACGUGCGAGGGCUGGAGACGACAGCGACCUUCGACGGCGCCACGCAGGAGUUCAUCCUUGACUCGCCGACGGUGACAGCGACGAAGUUCUGGCCGGGGGGGCUGGGACUGAGCUGCUCACAUGCCGUAGUCGCCGCGCGGCUGGUGGUGGGCCGGGUGGAUCACGGCGUGCAUUGGUUUGUGGUGCAAAUUCGCCACUUGGCCGACUCGACUCCCGUUCAGGGGGUGGUGCUGGGGGACUUGGGCCUCAAGAUGGCGUACAACGGAACGUGUAAUGGGUACGCCCGAUUCAAGGGGCUGCGCGUGUCGCGCAGUAGUCUGCUGGCGGCGCAUGCGCGGGUCCUCGCCGAUGGGUCGUAUGUGCGGGAUGAGGAGAAGGGGUCCCCGGGCUUCGCUCAACAGAGUUAUGCGACGAUGCUGGAAGUCCGACGCGUGGUCAUUCACUGGGCAGCGUUUGGGCUGGCCCAACCGCUGACGGUUGCCACACGAUACGCAGUGGUGCGCGAGCAGGGCGCGCCUCCCUUCGCUUCGCCAGCAGCGCCCGAGGUCUCCAUUCUGGCAUACAAGUCGCAGCAUCAACGUCUGUUGACUCUAGUGUCUCAAGCGUAUGCUGUCCUGCUGUCUUCAAAGGAGUUCGAUGACCGGUUCGCGGAGUAUCAGCAAGAGAAGAUACUGGGCCAUUCCCGCAGAUUGCCCUUCAUCCAUGCCGCCAGUGCUGGAUUGAAGGCCUGGGCGACGCAGGCUGUCGCUGCGGGAGCAGAGGAAGCGCGCAAGAUGUGCGGAGGGCAUGGCUACCUUGUGAUAUCGGGGCUACCGGAGAUGGUGGCCACCGCAUGCGCAGCAGCGACCUUUGAGGGCGAGAACUAUGUCAUGUGGCAGCAGCUCCUGCGCUACUUGUUCAAGCAGAUUAAGGCCGUCAAGGCUGAUGAGCCGGUGGAUCCAGACAUGAUGGAUGCUUUUGUGGGGUACGAGCAAUGGCUUCAGGCUGAUGGGGAGCAGGCUCCGCCACGCCUGUUGUUGAACAGCAGUCAGCUCCUGGAGCCCGCAACCUUGUUGGGCAUAUUCCGACAUCAUUUCCACCGACUCUUGGCCGCAGCGUAUCAGUUCCACGCCGAAAAAACCCGCACGUCCGCCCCCGACCAAGCAUGGAACGCAUCACUAACGCGCCUGCUCCCCGCUGCCCAUGCCUAUGCAGAAUACUUCGUGCUGCAAUCGAUGCAGCGACGCGUGUCAGCCAUCGGCAGAGCACAGCCCAGCCUUCUCCCCGUUCUCUCACGCCUCGUGGAGCUGUUCGCACUGACCACGAUCACCAGUCCCGGUCCCACAUUCAAUUCGAUUCCCUUUGCCGAGGACCAGAUGUUGGACACGACUCAGUUCGUGCAGAUGCGUGCACGCAUCGAUGAGCUUUUGGGGGAGCUCUUGCCAGACAUUGUCGCUUUGACAGAUGCCUGGGACUUCACGGAUGCAGGUCUCUGUAGCGCGCUGGGCUGUCGUGACGGUAAUGUUUAUGAAAGAUUGAUGAGCUGGACCGAACAAUUGCCGGUGAAUCAGCAGGGGCUGGCCGGUGAGGCGUGGAUGAUGGAGGGUGGUAUUGGAGACUUUCUUCGA